GCCAACGACCAGCAUCUCCCUCUACCCCCACUCGAGCACCCUUACGAUCCGCGGAACACAGGAAAAGAAGGGCGACAAAAGCAAUGGAUUUUGGUGACCUGAAGGAGGCUCUGGCCUCCCAGUCCUACGCCCAAAUCGCUGACAUCUGUGAUCAUCUGAUGCUUCAGGUAGCAGCAGAAGGGGUUGCUUUCCAAGAAGAAUGGCCCUACGCUAUUCAUCUUCUCGGCCACAUUUAUGCCGAUGAUAUCAAUAGCGCUCGGUUCCUCUGGAAAUCAAUACCUUCUUCUGUCAAAGAGAACCAGCCAGAAGUAGUUGCUGCCUGGACAAUUGGUCAGCAUCUGUGGACUCGGGACUAUGCAGCUGUUCAUGAGGCUAUUCGUGGGUUUGAUUGGAGUCAGGAAGCUAGAGGUCUUGUAGCUUCAUUUGCAGAGCAAUACACCAAGAGGAUGUUCCGGCUGUUGUCAUCUGCCUAUUCAACAAUAAGUGUACAAGAUGCAGCCUUAUUUCUGGGAAUGAGUGAGGAUGAUGCGGCAAACUAUGUGCUCCGGCAAGGUUGGGACGUCGACCCCGCUUCUCGAAUGCUUACAGUGAAGCAGCAGCAGGCGGUGACGGAUCAAAAGCUGGAUCCCAGUAAACUGCAGCGGUUGACUGAAUACGUAUUUCAACUUGAGCAUUAGCCGGAUCUCCUUGAAGAACGGUCUUUGGCUUCGGCUGGUAAAUAGACUUGUUCAGAGAAUAGAGACUCAUCGAGAGACGAUUUUGAUUCUAGACAUGAAGGGCACUUCUUCUCCCCGAUCCCUCAAAAGCGAUCACCAACAUAAUUCUCAUGUCUCACUGAAGUCAUCGGUAUAGACUAUUGGAUUUUGUGUUAAAGUGCUUCUAGGCGCAUGGGGUCAGCUAAAA